GCAAUCACAGCACAAGACAAAAGUUUAGAGCAACGAUAUGCAGACGAAUACACAGCGCGCCUUCCCACUGAGAUCCUGUUUGCGACUGGUUGACUCCUGUUAACUGUGUAGAAAAGUGAGAUAGGCUCUACUGAGGGGAACAUAAGGAGACGACGGAGGCGCUUCAGCCAGGAGAGAAGUGCCUUGAGAAAGAUAGCGUCUCUCUCUCUUUCUCUCCCCCCCUCUCUCUCUCUCACACACACACACACACUACCACAGCCGCGCCCGGAUCACAUCCUACAGCACAGCGCUCUCUCUGCUUUCCUGCUAUAGCAUGGCCAGUUCGAGUAAAGCGACUUUAAUCUUGCUCAUCUACGGAAUCUUAAUGCACUACAGCGUCUUCUGCACACCUAUCGGACUAAGUUACCCUAAGAUUAGACUUGAAAACGACGCCUUCGACGAGGAUGGCAAUUCAUUAUCCGACAUGGGUUUUGAUAGCGAUCAGAUUGCUAUACGAAGCCCACCAUCCCUAAACGACGACGCGUACACUCUAUACUACCCGCCAGAGAAAAGAUCAGAAAGGCAUGCUGAGGAAGAAUUAGAUAGAGCCUUGAGGGAGAUCCUGGGUCAGUUAACAGCGAGACAUUAUCUGCAUUCUCUGAUGACAAUUCGUGCAGGUGAUGACAACAGCAUGGAGGACGAGUCAGAGCCCCUAUCCAAAAGACAUUCAGAUGGGAUCUUCACCGACAGCUACAGUCGCUAUAGAAAGCAGAUGGCGGUGCAGAAAUACCUGGCAGCGGUUCUGGGAAGAAGGUACAGACAGAGAGUUAGGAACAAAGGACGUCGACUUGCCUAUUUGUAGCGUUGUUAACGCGCCCAAACUGCCCUCCUGUGUAUAUACAUCCAGUCGUUAAAUCAAAGUCAUUCAGAUAUGUCUGACCAACCAGUGGAUUGCGCCUGUGUUCUCUCAACAUGUAUUUAUGUAUGAAGUAAAGCCAUUAAAAUGAAUAUUUUAAUAAUAAUAUCGUUUUUUUUCUUUUUGUACAAAAGCACUUGAUACCGCACAGUUAUAGCCUACUUUGUGGACCAAUAUUUUAUUUUCAUGUUAAGAUGCUGAAAACAUAAAAUCACUUCAAAAAAAAAAAAAGAAAG